UAACCGUCCCCAACUCGCAACUAUAAAUUGGGGUGGCAGCCGCACAGCAGCAUCGGAUUCUUGCAGUCUCGGCGUCAUCCUGCAAAUGGGGAGAUCUACUCAUGCUCUUCUCUUCUUGCUCCUCCUCCUUUGCUGUGCUGCAAUGGCAGUCUCAACCAAGGACGUAUUUGGUGAAGAUACUGGGCUGAGUUUGGUUGCAAGAAAGGAGCAUCAUAAGCAUUCUGGGUUUUCUGAGGGAGAGUGCCCUGAUGCCUGUCAAUUUAGGUGCUCCAAGACUGCAUAUAAGAAGCCAUGCAUGUUCUUCUGCCAGAAGUGUUGUUUCAAGUGCAGGUGUGUUCCCCCUGGGACCUAUGCCCACAAGGAGGUUUGCCCAUGUUACAACAACUGGAAGACAAAGAGAGGAGGCCCCAAAUGCCCUUGAAUCUUUCUGCUUCUCUAUAAGGUUCUGGUUAUCUUCGGAAUGCACAAGAUAUGCAGAGGACCAGCUUACUACCUCCAUCUUUUUAUAUCACUAAAGAAAUAUUAGUUAUCUAUGGAACGCGACUCUCGUAUUCUGAUGCUCUAAUGCCAUUUAUGAUGUGAUCGUUUCAGACAGCUGAUGCCAUGCUGCUAUCUAAAUUAUAAUUGAAAGCUUGCAUCUGCUUUCACUU